AUGAUCGUUGGCUUUCCGCCCUGGAUCAAGAGCGACCGGGACCUGGAUGAGUUUUACAAGGGCGUCCCGGAUCUGCGCAAAGAGGAUUUCUUCAUCAGCCUCCUGCUCACGCUCAAGAUUUACAACCGCAUCAUGUAUGCCCACCUUUGCCGUUUCAAGAAGGCUGAGGACUUUGGACCCAUCAAUUUCGGUGCCCUCGGAACUAUCAUGGGGCAGCAGCUGACGUACGGCUUCGAAGAGCAAGGCGCUCUGUACGACGAGCACGGCAAGCUGGUGGAGUGGUGGUCUCGCGAGACCCACCGCAAGUUCAUCAUUAGCGCCCGCUGUGUCUCCGAGCAGUAUUACCACUUCAACAGCCCCAUCACUGGAAUGAAGGCCCUUCGGGUGUACAUAACCAAGUACGAGGAGCGCUACGGCAUGUACUCCAUUCCCGGCAUGGAGGCCUGGACCAUGGAGCAGGUGUUCUUCAUCGCGUACGGCCUGUCGCGGUGUGAGGUCUCCCGGAAGCGCUCCAUGUACUUCUAUGUUCGCCCGCGUGACCAAAUACCGAACCGCUUCUGGACCAUCAUCCAGCUGAUGAAUUUCGGGCGGUUCUCGGCCAUCUUCAGCUGCAAGGUUGGCACCAUCAUGAACCCGGACCAGAAGUGCAUUGUCUGGUAG